CUGCCAGCCCCGAGCCAUGGCGCUGCUCAUCCACCUCCUGGCCUGUGCCUUUGGCAUGGGCUCCUGGGUGGCCAUCAACGGGCUGUGGGUCGAGCUGCCGCUGCUGGUGACGAUGCUGCCGGAGCAGUGGGACCUGCCCUCCUACAUCACCAUCAUCAUCCAGAUGGCCAACGUGGGGCCGCUCUUCGUCACCCUCAUGCACCACUUCCGGCCCGGCUGGCUGAAGGAGGUGGUGGUCAUCUACGUGGUGGUGUCCGUGGGGGUCCUGUCCUGCUUGCUGCUGGCCUUCCUCUGGGACUACACAUCCCCCCUGGGCGGGGGGACACACAGCACUGCCUUCCUGCUCCUCACCUUCUUCCUGGCCCUGGUGGACUGCACCUCCUCUGUCACCUUCCUGCCCUUCAUGAUGCAGCUGCAGCCCCAGUACCUGACCACCUUCUUCGUAGGGGAAGGGCUCAGCGGGCUGAUCCCAGCCUUCAUCGCCCUGGGCCAGGGCUCUGGCGUCUCCAGCUGCCUCAACCGCACCUUUGAGGUCAACAUCACCACUGACAAUGUCACCGUGGAGAGCAUCACCUCCCAGCUGGAGACCCACUACUUCCCACCCAACUUCUCCCCACUGGUCUUCUUCCUCCUCAUGACUGUGAUGAUGCUGGCCUGCCUGCUGGCCUUCUUCUUCCUCACCAAGCAGCCCAAGGUGUGGGACCUCUCCCAGCAGCAGCUCUUUUCCAGCAACAUCAUGCUGAGCUCCUUUGACCAGAUCCCAGAGGAGGGAGCGGGCUCCCGGCUGAGCAAAGCCUGCCCGUGCCCAAAGGAUGCCAAGGGGCCUGGCGACAUCCUGCCGGAGAAGGUCUCCUACUCUGUGGCCGAGUUCACCUUCAUCUACUUCCUCAUCACCUGGGUGUCCUCCCUGACCAACGGGGUCCUGCCCUCCGUGCAGUCCUACUCCUGCCUGCCCUAUGGCAACACUGCCUACCACCUGACAGCCACGCUCAGCUCCGUGGCCAACCCCCUCGCCUGCAUGGUGGCCAUGGUCCUGCCCAGAAGGUCCCUGCCCCUGCUGGGCAUCCUGACCGUGGUGGGGACAGGCUUUGGUGCCUACAACAUGGCCAUCGCCGUGAUGAGUCCCUGCCCGAUCCUCCAGCAGUCGCCGUGGGGAGAUGUCACCAUCGUCCUCUCCUGGGUGCUGUUCACCGGGACGCUCACCUACGUGAAGGUCAUGGCCGGGGUGAUCCUGCGGAGCCGCAGCCACAGCGCCCUGGUGUGGUACGGGGCGCUGGAGCAGCUGGGGUCCCUCCUGGGGGCCCUCAUCAUGUUCCCCCUCGUCAACAUCUACCACUUCUUCCAGUCUGCUGACUACUGCAACCUGCAGUGCUGAGUGCCAGCGGGGUGGGCACCCCCUGGGCAGCUGCCUCUUGGCACCAGGAAUGAACCCUCCCCCCGAAACCAGCGAGGGCUGGGAAGCAGCGCUGGGAGCAGGGCGGUUGCAGGCACACCUCCCUACCAGGCUGUGCCAGCUCCCCG